GCAUGUUUCUGGGAUGUGUGAGGAAGGAGUGCCCGGAGAAAACCCACGCAGGGAUGGGGAGAACAUGCAAACUCCAAACAGGCAGGGCCGGGAUUUGACGCCCUGUCCUCAGAACUCAGCAGCAGCGGACGUGGACAACAUACUGUAUUGACACCAUCAGCUUUGCUGGACUCACAAGUACAAGGUGUUUGCUGUGGUCUGUCUGAGUGAGCUAGAGAUGAUUCAGCUGGGCCUCACUGACGGCAGCCUGAUCGAUGAGCUGAUAGCGCUAACGUCCCAGAGUCUUGGCCAACUGGAGAUCCGAGAACACUUCAACGUCAUCAAGGAGAUAGGGCGAGGAAAAUACGGCAAAGUGCUGCUGGUCACGCAUCGCUUCAGGGGGACUCCCAUGGCAUUGAAAGUCAUGCCAAAGACCUCAACUAAGCUGCAGGGCUUCCUGCGAGAGUACUGCAUCUCCUUGCAUCUGUCCUGCCAUCCCUGCAUCGUGGGUCUCUUUGGGAUCGCCUUCCAGUCUACUGAGCACUACUGCUUUGCCCAGGAGCUCGUCAUUGGGCGAGACCUUUUUGCUGUCAUUCAGCCAAAGGUGGGGAUCCCUGAGUCAUCUGCUAAACGGUGCGCCGUCCAGAUUGCCAGUGCUUUGGAGUUCAUCCACAGCCGGGGCCUGGUCCAUCGAGAUGUCAAGCCUGAGAACAUCCUUCUGCUGGAUCAUGACUGCCGCCAGGUCAAGCUGGCAGACUUUGGCCUGGCCCAGAAGAGGGGCACUCUGAUCAGUUGCAUCACAGGGAUCCUGCCUUACAUGGCUCCUGAGCUUUGCACCAUUGCUCUCCUAGAGGGACAGAAAGAAGUCACUGGUCCUCCACUGAGUGUGGAGCCAAGUCUGGACACUUGGGCCUUUGGGGUGCUUAUAUUUUGCAUCCUGACGGGCUACUUUCCUUGGGAGUGUUGCACGGAUUCAGAUGACUGCUAUCAGGAGUUUGCCGACUGGUCCAGAUUGGGUGAAAUCACCCCCACCGAAGAGGGCAAUCCUCAGCUGUGGAAGAGAUUCACUCCUGAAGCCAUGGAGUUGUUCAGCAAGCUCCUGGCUGUGGAACCAGAAAAGAGGUGCAGUGAAGGGGUGGUGAGAGAAUAUGUGGGGAAGGUCUGGGUUAAAAAGGAACAUGGGAAGGAGCAGCACGAGAUGCUUGAAAAAGACAAAGAGUAAUAGUGGACUUCACAAAUAAUUGCAACAAAUUCCAUUUGAGCAUGUGCUGGAACCAUGUAGUGACUAAAAUGUUAAACUUCAAGCUCUAAAUUGGUUCCAAAGUGACUGAAUGAACAGUGUACA